GAGCGGGAGUGAGGGAGGGAGAGGGGUAGAGGGAAUGGGUGAGAGGGAGAAACCGCUGUUUUCAGUUUUACAGGCUUUUAUCUCUUUAUAUUUAAAGCUAAAACGAUACUAGAGCAGAUGAACUGCUGUUUUUGAGGUAAAACUGUGGGAAUAUUAGCAGAUUUGGGCUGAUUCUGUGCUGUUUCAGGACUACAGGCUGCUUCAGUAAAGGGUCAGUGUCCGGCUGCAGAUGGAGCCGUGUGGGAUAUGAAAUGAGUGGACAUCUCUUGCAUUGCGGCGUCUUUUUGCUGGAGGAAUGUCUCUGAGAGAAUCCCCGUUCCCAAAUGGCUUCGCGGAGGCUCUCCACACUUUGGGUUGGGGCCUGGUCUUCCCCUGCUUCUGGCUCCUGGACCGCCUCAUCGCUGUCUGCAUCUCCACCAGCCUGGAGCGGAACCGGAGACGGGAGGAGGAGUGCUACCUCCAUCCUCUCAAGGUGUUUUUUGGCUUCCUGCUCUUUCUCCUCCUCUUUAUCGUUUCUACACCAUUUGCCUUCCUGGGGUUCCUGUUUUGGGCUCCUCUUCAGCUCGCACGGCGGCCUUUCUCUUACCGCCACCAGGUGACGACUGUGGAGAUGGAGAACCGUAAUGUGGGCUGGGAGGAGUCUGGAAGGGUGACUUUCGGGUUUGUAACCGCCAACGUGUGCCUACUGCCAGACGGGUUGGCCCGGUUUAACAAUUUGGGCCAUUCCCAGAACCGAGCGAUGGCCAUUGGCCAGAGCAUCAUUCAGGGCGUUAGUCGUCCACAUAUUCGCAUUUUAAUUGACUCGCCCAGCAGCUGUGGGACCCUCAGUCCUUCCAUUAGCCUUCUUCCACAGUCUGGAAGUAUGUCCUAUGGAGCUACGGAUGCUCAGGUGCAAGGCGGUACGGAUGAACAGACUGUAGAGGAUGUUUUGGAUGGAGAACUACCCAAAGCGUCCAACACUGGUGGCGCCAAUGCCAACGCCAACACCAGUGUGCAUACAGCUGGCAGCCAGCAGCAGCCUGCAACAUGGAACUCAAACCAGAACUCCAACCAGCAGGGCAGCCGAGGCCGCAGGAACCCUCCAAGAGCCUUACGGACUCUGGGCAAGGCUGGAGACUCGCCUCUGGACGUGUCCACGCUGUUUCCAGCCAAUGUGGACAUUGUGUGUCUAGAGGAAGUGUUCGAUAAAAGGGCGGCCGCUAAGCUCACAGAGGCUUUAGGGUCAGUCUUUGGACAUAUUUUGUAUGAUGUUGGCGUCUACGCCUGCCAGCCUUGCGGGACCUGUUCCUCGUUUAAGUUCUUCAAUAGCGGCCUGUUCCUGGCCAGUCGCUUCCCAGUGCUGGACGCCCAGUACCACUGCUUUCCCAAUGGACGAGGGGAGGAUGCUCUGGCAGCCAAAGGCCUACUCUCUGUUAAGGUGCAGAUCGGAUUAGAUAAGGGAGAGAGGAGAAUGGUGGGGUAUUUUAACUGCACUCAUCUCCACGCUCCAGAGGAGGACGGAGCGAUCCGGUGCGAGCAGCUGGACAUGGUGACCCAGUGGAUCAGCGAGUUCCAGACGACGACCCGGCAGCAGGAUGAUCUGGUGGUGUUUGAUGUUCUCUGUGGGGACUUUAACUUCGAUAACUGCUCUCCAGACGACAGACUGGAGCAGAACCACUGUCUGUUUAACGACUAUAGAGACCCAUGCAGGGCUGGACCUGGCAAAGAGAAGCCGUGGGUUAUAGGCACUCUGCUGCAGCAGCCUACGCUGUACGACGAGAAUGUGAAAACUCCAGAUAACCUGCAGAGGACGUUGGAGGAUGAGGAGCUGCGUAAGGUGUAUCUCGCCCCGCCCGUAUCUCAGGGCAGUGCUGCCCUGGUGUAUCCUGAGGCUGGUGAGCCGUGGGUGGGCCGUCGUAUUGAUUACCUCCUCUAUAGAGAGAGCACCCUCACGGACCACUGCCGGACAGAGGUGGAGGAGUUUACGUACGUGACGCAGCUGGCUGGAUUAACGGAUCACAUUCCUGUUGGGCUGAGACUGAACGUCACGCUGUGAACCAGCAUUACGCGGCUGCAGAGAACACACUGUAUACACUGCAGUGAUCAGGGGACCUGCUCACCACACCGACCUGAGCUUCAACACGGAGAGGACCACUUUAAACAUCUCAGCUGUACUGCUUCAGUUUAUAUUCAUAACUAAUUCAAACUGAAAUCACAUCCCCUCAAAUCAAAGCACUUCUAAACCCAAAGACGUGCUAAAUAAAUAGAAAUAUUAUGAUUUAAUAUAAGAUUAUUGUUAUAAUUAUUAUUAUUAUUAAAUCAAACUUCAAACAUGUUCCAUUUCCGUUGUUUAAAUUCUGCUGGUACAAAGGCCUUGUCUGUAGUCCACACGCAGAAGAUACCUGACCUGAGUUUGUAAUUCCUGAAAUACGUUUUGUUACUUUACACUACUUGACUUUUUCAUAUCAUCGUUUAAAUGAUUCCGGGAAUCUAUUUUAAUAAAAUACGAUA